AUGGGAUCACUGGCCGUGAUCUUGGCCACGGCCUUGCUCUUUGCAGGGCUCACCACGGCCAGCCCGUCCUUUGCACUCUUAAUCAACGCCCAAGUACCUCCAGUCGCCAGAAUCGGGCAGCUCUUCUCCUUCUGGCUCUCCAUCGAAAGCGAUUCUUGGCGGUUGUUUGGGACUCCAGGACCAGACGAUGUCCCGUCGGGAGAGUUGGCAGGCGUGCCUGUGAGUCUUGUGGCUACUGAUGACACGGGGUCAACCACACACACGGCAACCUUUGUGGUAUCACGGGCUCCAUCAGCUAUCUUGUCUGCCCCGGGAAAGGCGUUUUCGUUCCGGCUGGACCUAAACACAUUCUCCAUACCGCCAGGCAUUCCAUCAGAUACUAUGCCACCAUGGCUGACAACACGCCGCUCCCGGCCUAGAUAUCCUUCGACUCCUCCCGGCUCUCUUUCACCGGCAAGACUCCAUCCGCGGAAUCUCUCAUUCAGCCUCCACAGCGCUUUUCUUUCCGAGUCAUUGCCAGCGACGUGGCCGGCUUCGCGGGAGCAGCUCUGGGCUUGUGGGGCAGACGAGACCGUCAUUGUCUUGAAUGCUACCCCCGACCCCGGCACCGUCUCGAUCGCCUCCACGGCGAAUAUGCUCCCUUGGCUGUCGGCCAACAAGCACACCUGGCAUAUGACUGGCGUGCCCCCAGAGAAUACCGAGUCGCCCAACUUCACACUGAACGGUGGCACGUCCGGUUUAUUCACUGGGAGCCUACCGGGGUUUGCCAUCAUUCCCGGGAAGCCGUUCUCGUUUGACCGGCGACCGUACCUGUUGAAUCCUCAGGAUACCGAGAUCUCAGUUGAGACGAGCUCGCCGUAUUCUUGGAUCCAGUUCGGUGCAAGCACGGUGGCACUGUUUGGAGAAGCACCCGGUAGCUUGAAGGACGGCCUUGACUCCAAGAAGUCGGCUGCGUUAUCUUUCAACAUCGUCGUUCACUCUUCGGGCAGCCACCGUCCUCUGACUGGAGACGGCUCGGGGAACGGUCAAUUCAACCCCGUGCUGCUGGUCGUUCUCUUACCGCUCCUCCUCCUCCUGGCCUUGGCUGUGUGCGCGCUAUUUGGGUAUCUCCGCCGACGAAGGACCGCCAGAGACCUCCGCUCAGCACGCGGAACAUAUCAGUUUCUAUGCGAGUACUUGUCAAGCAGCACUCCUUCCACGGAACCUGGCGACACCUCUUCAGAAACCGGCGGAACAUUUGCCGUUGUCAGCAAAGGUCUGGUGACGCUGCGGCCGGGAGCGCGGGGCAAGAUCAGCAGCUCUCUGAGCUUCAUCAUCGAGCCCAGUAUUGGCGAGCUGGUCGACUCGCAGGACAUUGACUCGGCCGGCCAUGACAGCAGACAGUCAUUGCUGGACAAGAUUGAAAUCAACGUUCUGAGACUCCAGAAUCCUAAGCGAGCGUUCACAGCGUCGCCAUCCCCCACAGACGCGACGUCAACCCCGCGACCGGUCUCUCCGCGGACGGCUCCGGAAAAUGUGUCACUACGAGCGGAAUCGCGAUUCUCCUACUAUCCACCUGCGUCUUCGGUUCGCAAACUUUCCUGGCGGUGGCUCGAAGCGGUCAAAGGGAGACGUCAGGGGUCAAAGCUGCUAAGUGUGUUGAUGGUCGACACGCAGGAUUCCAAGAAGACAGAACAGCCACCGCCAACCCCCCAGUUUCCAGGUCGAGCUCUAUUCAGCCGACCGUCCACCAGGGGAAGCGGCCCGGCAACGAGCACGAAACUCGAACAUCCGUCUCGGGAGCAAGCCAGAUCGAGCGACAUAGCAGCAAGUGCGGCGAUCCCCGCUUCCAGUUCGCCCGUCAUACAAGAGAAAUCCACUCCCGUUGCUGGCAUUGUCGGGCUCAAUCCAUUCCACCCAUCCAAGACAUGGUCGAGAGUCCCUACGAUGAACGAGUGGGUGGACGAGACGGUCUCGAGUCUGGCACUGAGCAGGACUGCUUCGCAGCAUCAGCAAAACUGGACGGUGCUGCAGGAGCCGCCCGUCAACCACAACAAAUAUUCAGGGGAAGCUGAUCCGGAAGGCAAAAAAAGGUAA